AUGGGUAAAUCGCAGUCGAAACUCUCCCCUUCCCAGCUGGAUGAGCUCCAACGAGCGACACACUUCGAUAAGAAAGAACUACAGCAAUGGUACAAAGGAUUUCUCAAGGACUGUCCCUCGGGCACCCUGACCAAGGAAGAGUUCCAAAAAAUCUACCGACAGUUUUUCCCCUUCGGCGAUCCGUCCUCGUUCGCGAAUUAUGUCUUCCGUGUAUUCGACUCCGACAAUAGCGGGAUGAUCGAUUUCAAGGAGUUCAUCUGUGCCUUGUCGGUCACCUCGCGGGGGAAGAUGGAGGAUAAGUUGGACUGGGCUUUCCAGCUGUACGAUAUCGAUGGCGACGGCAAGAUCACAUAUGACGAGAUGCUUGCGAUUGUUGAGGCGAUCUACAAGAUGGUGGGCUCGAUGGUGAAACUUCCCGAGGACGAAGAUACCCCCGAGAAACGCGUGCGCAAAAUCUUUCGCAUGAUGGAUAAAGACGAAAAUGGCAGUCUGGACAUGGAGGAAUUCAAAGAGGGCAGCAAGCGCGACGAGACGAUCGUCAGCGCGCUGUCUCUGUACGACGGACUGGUAUAA